GCGGUGGCCGCGCAGGCUCCGCGGGACGGACUCACGGACAGACAGGGGACGGAGGGACGGGCGUACGGCCAGGCCAUGCCGGGGGAAGCUGCCCGCGCCGAGCUGCUGCUGCCGGAGACGGGCGGAACAGGGCCCCGCACAGAUCUGUCCUGCGAUGCGGCUGCGGCUACCACCCCGAGGGGGGACCAGCUGGAGCACUGUGUCCUGACCCCUGAGCCCAGUGCCCUGGCUCUCACGUUCCUGCCCAGCAAGCCGGGUGCCCGGCCCCCACCUGACGGAGCCAGCUGGGAUGCAGGGCCGGGACGCGCCCCCUCGGCCUGGGCAGUCCAGGCAGAGGGCGGCCCCAGCCCAGGGCCCCCCGAGGCUCGGCCUGCUGAAGGUCCUCUCCCAGCCUCCCUGGAGCCCCGGAUUGUGAUGGGCGAAGAGACGUGCCGGGCAUCCCCACUGCCCAGGGCAACCCUGCCAGAGCUCAGGGACUGGGAGGGUGGGCACGCCAGCCUGAACCCACCCCCCGAGUUGUGUUCUCAGGGUGACCCUCCUGUGCCUUUCCCUGCGCCAGACUCCGAUUCCUACUUCACCCCUCCCUCCACCCCGACCGAGACAGCCUCCACCCUGCUCCCUGGCCCCGGGCCCCACAGGGAUGCCCAGGAUGCCCAGGCUGAGCUGGGGGACUCGCCGCCAGCCUCGCCCUCAGGCUCCUACAUCACGGCGGACGGGGACAGCUGGGCCUCGUCCGCAUCCUGCUCCGUGAGCCUGCAGGCCCCGGCUGAAGAGCUGGACGUGCCCUCAGGCUGGGGCUUCUCCCCACCUGGCUCUGUGGCCGAUGAGAGGGAGCUGCCCCCUGCCGGGACCCCGGACACCUCGUCCCCAGAGUCCAGCCUCUCGGCAGACAGCAGCUCUUCCUGGGGCCAGGAGGGCCACUUCUUCGAGCUGGACUUCCUGGCCAAUGACCCGAUGAUCCCUGCGUCCCUCCUGCCCUUCCAGGGCAGCCUCAUCUUCCAGGUGGAGGCUGUAGAGGUGACGCCGCUGCCCCCCGAGGAAGAGGCGGAGGGGCAGGAAGAGGAGCAGGAGGAGGAGGACGAGCAGGAGGCCCCCCUGCCCCGAGGGGACCUGGCCGGGGAGGGCGAGGACGACAGCACGUUCGCGUCCUCCCUGCAGUCGCUGUCCGACCUGUCCAUCACUGAGGGCGUGGACGAGGCCUUCGCCUUCCGAGAUGACACCUCGGACGCCUCCUCUGACCCCGACUCGGCCUCCUACGCGGGGGGUGAUGAUGAGAGACUGUACAGCGGGGAGCCCCACGCACAGCCCGCCACCCUGCUCCAGGACAGCCCUGGUGAGGCCGCCUCCUGGGGCCCAGAGCCCACUCUUGGGGUGUCCGAGGGAGAGGUUGGCCGGGCUGCCAAGAGCCAGGAACCCAUCUCCGAUAUAACCGAGGUGGGCCCCGCUCCAGGCCAGGUGUCCGCUGCUGCUAUGGCCCCUCAGGCCCCACAGAAUGCCCCAGGCCUCACUGGGGUGACCCCUCAGGCCUGGGCAGCAGAGGCAGGCUCCACCAUGGCACCACCUGUUGCCACAAUCACACCUCAGUCCCUGCAGGAGGGACGCGGCGCUGCCUUAGGCUUAGAGCCCCAGACUUCGAAGGCAGAGGCGGGCCUCGACUCUCUGCAGAACCUGAAGGAAGAAACAGGCCAGGGGUUUGCCGCUGCAGGCAGCCCUGAGCCCCAGCCGGAAGAAGUGGACCUGACGGCAUCCUUGCCCCUGCAGGAUGCAGACCUCUCCUAUGGCCAGGGAUCUGCCCCCCAGGCCAGCCCUGAGCCCCAGCCGGAAGAAGUGGACCUGACGGCAUCCUUGCCCCUGCAGGAUGCAGACCUCCCCACUGGCCAGGGAUUUGAGCCCCAGGCCAGCCCUGAGCCUCAGCCGGAAGAAGUGGACCUGACGGCAUCCUUGCCCCUGCAGAAUGCAGACCUCCCCUAUGGCCAGGGAUCUGCCCCCCAGGCCAGCCCUGAGCCCCAGCCAGAAGAAGUGGACCUGACGGCAUCCUUGUCCCUGCAGAAUGCAGACCUCCCCUAUGGCCAGGGAUCUGCCCCCCAGGCCAGCCCUGAGCCCCAGCCAGAAGAAGUGGACCUGACGGCAUCCUUGUCCCUGCAGAAUAAUGCAGACCUCCCCUAUGGCCAGGGAUCUGCCCCCCAGGCCAGCCCUGAGCCCCAGCCAGAAGAAGUGGACCUGACGGCAUCCUUGUCCCUGCAGGACGCAGACCUCCCCUAUGGCCAGGGAUCUGCCCCCCAGGCCAGCCCUGAGCCCCAGCCGGAAGAAGUGGACCUGACGGCAUCCUUGCCCCUGCAGGAUGCAGACCUCCCCACUGGCCAGGGAUUUGAGCCCCAGGCCAGCCCUGAGCCCCAGCCAGAAGAAGUGGACCUGACGGCAUCCUUGCCCCUGCAGGAUGCAGACCUCCCCUAUGGCCAGGGAUCUGAGCCCCAGGCCAGCCCUGAGCCCCAGCCAGAAGAAGUGGACCUGACGGCAUCCUUGCCCCUGCAGGAUGCAGACCUCUCCUAUGGCCAGGGAUCUGAGCCCCAGGCCAGCCCUGAGCCCCAGCCAGAAGAAGUGGACCUGACGGCAUCCUUGCCCCUGCAGGAUGCAGACCUCCCCUAUGGCCAGGGAUCUGAGCCCCAGGCCAGCCCUGAGCCCCAGCCAGAAGAAGUGGACCUGACGGCAUCCUUGCCCCUGCAGGAUGCAGACCUCUCCUAUGGCCAGGGAUCUGUCCCCCAGGCCAGCCCUGAGCCCCAGCCAGAAGAAGUGGACCUGACGGCAUCCUUGCCCCUGCAGGAUGCAGACCUCCCCUAUGGCCAGGGAUCUGUCCCCCAGGCCAGCCCUGAGCCCCAGCCAGAAGAAGUGGACCUGACGGCAUCCUUGCCCCUGCAGGAUGCAGACCUCCCCUAUGGCCAGGGAUCUGCCCCCCAGGCCAGCCCUGAGCCCCAGCCAGAAGAAGUGGACCUGACGGCAUCCUUGUCCCUGCAGAAUGCAGACCUCCCCUAUGGCCAGGGAUCUGCCCCCCAGGCCAGCCCUGAGCCCCAGCCAGAAGAAGUGGACCUGACGGCAUCCUUGUCCCUGCAGGACGCAGACCUCCCCUAUGGCCAGGGAUCUGCCCCCCAGGCCAGCCCUGAGCCCCAGCCGGAAGAAGUGGACCUGACGGCAUCCUUGCCCCUGCAGGAUGCAGACCUCCCCACUGGCCAGGGAUUUGAGCCCCAGGCCAGCCCUGAGCCCCAGCCAGAAGAAGUGGACCUGACGGCAUCCUUGCCCCUGCAGGAUGCAGACCUCCCCUAUGGCCAGGGAUCUGAGCCCCAGGCCAGCCCUGAGCCCCAGCCAGAAGAAGUGGACCUGACGGCAUCCUUGCCCCUGCAGGAUGCAGACCUCUCCUAUGGCCAGGGAUCUGAGCCCCAGGCCAGCCCUGAGCCCCAGCCAGAAGAAGUGGACCUGAUGGCAUCCUUGCCCCUGCAGGAUGCAGACCUCCCCUAUGGCCAGGGAUCUGAGCCCCAGGCCAGCCCUGAGCCCCAGCCAGAAGAAGUGGACCUGACGGCAUCCUUGCCCCUGCAGGAUGCAGACCUCUCCUAUGGCCAGGGAUCUGUCCCCCAGGCCAGCCCUGAGCCCCAGCCAGAAGAAGUGGACCUGACGGCAUCCUUGCCCCUGCAGGAUGCAGACCUCCCCUAUGGCCAGGGAUCUGUCCCCCAGGCCAGCCCUGAGCCCCAGCCAGAAGAAGUGGACCUGACGGCAUCCUUGCCCCUGCAGGAUGCAGACCUCCCCUAUGGCCAGGGAUCUGCCCCCCAGGCCAGCCCUGAGCCUCAGCCGGAAGAAGUGGACCUGACGGCAUCCUUGCCCCUGCAGGAUGCAGACCUCCCCUAUGGCCAGGGAUCUGCCCCCCAGGCCAGCCCUGAGCCCCAGCCGGAAGAACUGGACCUGAUGGCAUCCUUGCCCCUGCAGAAUGCAGACCUCCCCUAUGGCCAGGGAUCUGUCCCCCAGGCCAGCCCUGAGCCCCAGCCAGAAGAAGUGGACCUGACGGCAUCCUUGCCCCUGCAGGAUGCAGACCUCCCCUAUGGCCAGGGAUCUGCCCCCCAGGCCAGCCCUGAGCCCCAGCCGGAAGAAGUGGACCUGACGGCAUCCUUGUCCCUGCAGGAUGCAGGCCUCCCCUAUGGCCAGGGAUCUGCCCCCCAGGCCAGCCCUGAGCCCCAGCCGGAAGUGGACCUGAUGGCAUCCUUGCCCCUGCAGGAUGCAGGCCUCUCCUCUGGCCAAGGAUCUGCCUCCAAGACCAGCCCUGAGCCCCAGCCGGAAGAACUGGACCUGAUGGCAUCCUUGCCCCUGCAGGAUGCAGGCCUCUCUUUGGUCCAGGGAUCUGCCUCCGAGACCAGCCCCGAGCCCCAGUCAGAAGAAGUGGACCUGACGGCAUCCUUGCCGCUGCAGGAUGCAGGCCUCUCUUUGGUCCAGGGAUCUUCUUCCGAGGCCAGCCCUGAGCCCCAGCCAGAAGAAGUGGACCUGACGGCAUCCCCGCCCCUGCAGGAUGCAGGCCUCUCUUUGGUCCAGGGAUCUUCUUCCGAGGCCAGCCCUGAGCCCCAGUUGGAAGAAGUGGACCUGACAGCAUUCCAGCCCCUGCAGGAUGCAGACCUCCCUUUGGUCCAGAGAUCUUCCUCCAAGGCCAGCCCCGAGCCUCAGUCGGAAGAAGUGGACCUGACCGCAUCCCCGCCCCUGCAGGAUGCAGGCCUUCCCUCAGUCCAGGGAUCUGAGCCCCAGGCCAGCCCUGAACCCCAGUCAGAAGUGGACCUGACCGCAUCCCCGCCCCUGCAGGAUGCAGGCCUUCCCUCAGUCCAGGGAUCUGCCUCUGAGGCCAGCCCUGAGCCCCAGCCGGAAGAAGUGGCCCUGACAGCACCCCUGCCCCUGCAGGAUGCAGGCCUCCCCUCUUGCCAAGGAUCUGCCACCAAGGCCAGCCCUCAGGCCUUGCAGGCUGACACAGGCUACACCCUAGGGACAGAGCCCAUGGCCACCACAGCCCAACAGAAAGGAGGCAAGACUUUGGAACUGAGGCCAGCGCCUGAGAAAAGGGACCCAGACCACACUGGAGGCUCAGACUCUCUGGCCUUGGAUCAGAUCCAUCUGGGUGUCCUGGAGCCAGCUGCAGAUGCUCGGAUACCCUUGGACGGAGAUGCAGGCCCUUCCAAGCCUGCCACGGAGGCCCCAGACACACCUGAGCCUGCCACGGAGGCCCCAGACACACCUGAGCCUGCCACGGAGGCCCCAGACGCACCUGAGCCUGCCACGGACGCCCUAGACGCACCUGAGCCUGCCACGGAGGCCCCAGACGCACCUGAGCCUGCCACGGAGGCCCCAGACGCACCUGAGCCUGCCACGGAGGCCCCAGACGCACCUGAGCCUGCCACGGACGCCCCAGACGCACCUGAGCCUGCCACGGAGGCCCCAGACGCACCUGAGCCUGCCACGGACGCCCCAGACGCACCUGAGCCUGCCACGGACGCCCCAGACGCACCUGAGCCUGCCACGGAGGCCCCAGACGCACCUGAGCCUGCCACGGAGGCCCCAGGUCCCCCAGAGCCUGACUCCAGUGGGGAGGAAGUAGCCAAGGGCCUUCUGGCACCUGAGCGGAGAGCCUGUCCUGAUGCCCGUGUGCAUGGGGGUGACAGAGCUGAGCCCAGCUCGCCCCUAAAGGAGGCCCUGGGAGCUGAGAACCAGGGGCGUGGAGUUCUAAAGGCAGUCGUCGGCAGCCCAGAGGCAUGUCCUGCUGCCAGCCUGGAGGUUGGCCAGGUGGGGCCCCCAAGCCCAGUGGAGGAGGGAAGGGCCACCCUGGGGCCCAGGCUUCCCGUGGCUGUGGCCUCAGAGGCUGGGCUGGGCUCCUGCCCGGAGUCUCCAUCAAGGGCUGUACCCAGGCGGGGAGGGAGCUGCCCCAAAGAUCCUGCCCCGGCAUUUCCGCUGCCCUCAAGGCAACCAGAGCCCGUGCGGGGCCCGCACAGCAGAGAGCAGGCCCCGGCAGCACUGGGAGUCCUCGGCGCCUCCCCGCCGCAGCCGCCACAAAGCCCCACGGGGGGCCUGCCCAGUGCACCCCAAGACGGCAUCCAGGGCGCUGAGUCCCCUGCUCCUGGUGCCCUCAUGCAGACAGUCCCGCCCCCCGCGGCACCCCCUGCCCCCUGCCCUUGCCAGGUCCCCGGGGAAGACUUGGGGGAGGGCGAGGAGCCCCUGGGCUCCCUGGGACUCCCACCACCACGGGCAAGAGCCCAGCGGGCGGUGGCUGCCUUCUCAGGGACCAAGAACCCCCCCGGGGCCGGGCAGGUCAGCCUCCCGCCCCAUUCACCCCUCCUCAGCCCCAAGGCGGCCCCCAAGGGGGCUACCCAUGCCAAAGACCUGGCCUCGAGGAUCUCGCCCCCCUGCCAAGUGCCUCGUGGCUCCGGGCUCCGGAGCCCAGCCGGACCUCGAGGGCUCCCAGCCGCCGAGCAGGAUGACCAGGACAGUUUGGAAGAAGACUCACCCCAGGCUCCGGGCUCCGGCCAGCACUCGGACAGCCACGGGGAGUCGUCGGCCGAGCUGGAGGAGCAAGACCCCUCGGGACCGCAGACCACGCCGUGCCCAGCCCAGGCCCCGGCAGGCGGCGGGAGCGAGGAGACCGUCACCAAAGUCAAGCAGAGCCGCAGUGAGAAGAAGGCCCGAAAGGCGAUGUCCAAGCUGGGCUUACGACAGAUCCAGGGCGUCACCAGGAUCACCAUCCAGAAGUCCAGGAACAUCCUCUUCGUCAUCGCCAAGCCUGACGUCUUUAAGAGUCCGGCCUCGGACACCUAUGUGGUCUUCGGCGAGGCCAAGAUCGAGGACCUGUCCCAGCAGGUGCACAGAGCUGCGGCUGAGAAGUUCAAGGUGCCCUCGGAGCCCUCCGCCCUGGUCCCCGAGUCAGCGCCUGGGCCGAGGGUGAGGCCAGAGUGCAAGGAGGAGGAAGAGGAGGAGGAGGACGAGGAGGUGGACGAGACAGGGCUGGAGCUUCGGGACAUUGAGCUGGUGAUGGCGCAGGCCAACGUGUCAAGGGCCAAGGCCGUGCGGGCCCUGAGGGACAACCAGAGCGAUAUCGUCAACGCCAUCAUGGAGCUGACAAUGUAGCUGCUGACCAGAGACCUGGCUCCACCCCUGCCCCCCAGCUCUGCUGCUCAAUAAACUGGUGUCCCCUCA